GGCAAAGCUGCUUUCACUUUCCCUUCCCCCUAGCUCCUGUCUCACUGCUCGGUCUGGCCCCCUUAACCCCCCUGCCAUGGCCACCCUCAGUCUGAGACCCGAAGACCAAGCCAAGGUAGAUUUUUUCAGAAAGGAGUUAUGUGCUCAGGCAGAGAUGCUACUUGCAACCUUUUUCCCCACGAAGAUUUCAGAGCUGGAUGAGUUCUUAAAGGACCCAUCUCUGAAUGAGGCUGAUUUGAGUUUCCUAAGGGCUACCCUGGACAUCCCAAUCCCUGACCCAGCCAAAGAAAAAGAGAAGGAAAAGCAUCGGAAACAAGAAGAGAAGGAUGAUAAGGAUGGAAAGAAAAAAGAGGAAGAUGAAGAUAAAGGUCCUCCUUGUGGGCCUGUAAGCUGCAAUGAGAAGAUUGUGGCCCUUCUGGGGCGGUUGAAGCCUGAGAUCAAAGAUGUGAAAGAACAGCUCAACCUGGUUUCCAUGUGGCUGCAACUACAGGUGCCCCGAAUUGAAGAUGGAAACAACUUUGGAGUGGCUGUCCAGGAGAAAGUAUUUGAGCUGAUGACUACACUUAGAACUAAACUGGAUGGCUUCCACACCCAGAUCUCAAAGUACUUCUCUGAAAGGGGUGAUGCAGUGGCUAAAGCAGCAAAGCAACCACAUGUGGGUGAUUAUCGACAGCUGGUUCAUGAAUUGGAUGAAGCACAGUAUGGAGAAACAAGACUGAUGGUCAUGGAGAUCCGAAAUACUUAUGCUGUAUUAUAUGAUAUCAUCCUGAAGAACUAUGAGAAGAUCAAGAAGCCCAGAGGAGACACAAAAGGAAUGAUCUACUAAAAAAAAAAAAAA